GGGCGCAGUGGAGUUUAACUUGGAGGAAGAGAGCGAAAAAAAAGUGUCUGUGGCAAGUCAAGUGCGCUCCAGUAACGGGCCAGGCUCUAUUGUAGUGAGAAGGUGAACGUAACGGAACGGAACAUCAAAGGGUUCUUGGGGAAAAUCUACUCGCAGCCUCGACGGGGACGUACUGCUGGUAACGACGUCAGCACAGAGAAAGGAACAGAAGCUGCUGUUGCAACCGUUAGCAGGCUCCUUCACACACAACUGCAGAUCGCCUCGGACGCCAGUCUCCAAGUCUAGUCGCGCGCGCUCCAGCGAUUGCAAUCUAUUGAAUAUUCAGUCGGGCGUGAAAUGCCUGGUCACAGUGAGGACGUCCCGCAGGGACCUACGCUGGACAUUGGGAGGAGGAACCAAGUGAUUGGGGUGAAAAUCGCUCGGAAGUGAGCACACUUUCAAGGGUGAGCUGCGCCUGAACUUGAGGUGAACACUAUUGGCACGGACAAGAUGGUGGAUGGUGGAAAAGAUGGCUGCCGGUAGAGCAGGACGACGGAUGCCGGGAAAGUUGGUGGACAAGAAGGACAAUGGCAGCGUCGGCAGUGGUCAAGUUGACUUAAUUCGAAAGUGAUUUCGGUUCGUUACAUAAUUCAUUGCCGGGGACCGGAACUGCUUGCCCGGAAGUGCGAUAGGGUGGUGCUAGGAAACUUUUCGCUCCACGUGGGCUGGCUCGUCCUGGAUAGAGUCGGGGGUUGUUUUUUGUACAUAGUAAAUAGCUGUUUCUUUUCUCGAUUCUGUUGCCAACUAAAAAAACGAAACUAUUGGCACUACGCCCCCCGGGGCAUGGCCUUCCUCUAACGUGGGAUUUCUGCUCCAGCGCCUCUGACGAGACAGGAGAAACCGGGACCGACGUUUUACUUCACCAUCCGAUAGAAGCUCAGUGGAUAAGGCGGGAAUCGAACCCGCGUCUCAUAGCAUCAUCGGGAUCGGCAGCCGAAGCCGCUACCCCUGCGCCACGAGACCCACCACUGUUGCCAACUAGUGCACGUGUAAAUAAGCGAUUGUGUAGCUUGACACCCAGAGAAAGAAGAACCCAAGGCUUGAGCAUCCGACGACCCUAGAAGUAGUGGGGGAAUAUCUGCCUUUCAUUUUUCAUCUUCAUCGCCGUCCUCCCGUCUGUCCCCAACAACCUGCUGACCGGUUAUGCUCUUAUCAUAGUUCCUUCGAGCAACGACUAAACUAGAGGAAAAACUAGAGUUUCCAGCUUGUACGUGAGAGUGUGUCUGUGUGUAUGUGUGCUAUUUCUAAACAGUAGUGUGCAACAAUAUUAUUUUACAUCGGCGUUGUAGGAUCCUAUUGAAACUAGAACAAGAACCUAACCUAGAAAAAAAGGAGCUCGCACACUCGAACAAAAAAGCAGCAAAGAUAACAAACACAAAAAGAAGACUGAAGGAUCCCCCGGCAGGACGGUAAAAACUUUCCCUCUAACCGGAAGCCCCGAUGUCAAGCAGCUGCGCCGCCACUGCAGCAUUCCAUACAUAGAGUGUAAAAGUGUGUUUUUCACCGGAAACAGGAAGCGAUAACGGUUGCACGAACUACUUCUGAACGAGUGCGCCCUCUGGAUCCCGCAGAAAGAAAGAAAAAACAAGCGUAUAAGAAGUUCCUUCAGAUAAGAAGCAUAACAGCACAGCAUCACUACCACGCUCUGUGUGGGUGUGUGCGUGUGAGUGUAGCUGGCAACACUGGAAGCAGCAGCCAAAAUGACAAUGACGAAGACGUACAUCGUCUGCAUCUUGUGGGUGGCAGUUUUACUCGACAUGAGCGAUACAGUAAACGGCUCCCAACGUGAGGCCUCCAAACAACAGCAGCAGCAACAACAGUCCCAGUCCCAAUCCCAGUCCCAGUCCCAGCAGCAGCAGCAGUCAUUCCAGCAAACGACAGCCAAGGACGCGGCCGGCCAAGUCAACAUGCUCGCCAGCAGCAGCAGUAGUCGAGGUGGCGUAGAACCGACUGACGCCGCCCGGACCGGGCCGUACUUUGAUCUGUCGGCGUCGAAAAAUGUGACCGCGCUGCUCGGCAAAACGGCCUAUCUCAACUGCCGAGUGAAAAAUUUGGGCAACAAAACGAUGCUGCUGCAGGUGUCGUGGGUGCGGCACCGGGACAUCCACCUGCUGACCGUUGGCCGCUACACGUACACGUCGGACCAGCGGUUCCGGGCGAUCCAUCACCCGCACACAGAAGACUGGAGCCUGCAGAUCAAGUAUCCGCAGCACCGGGACUCGGGCAUCUACGAGUGCCAGAUCUCGACGACGCCGCACAUGAGCCACUUCGUGCACCUCAACGUCAUCGAACCAUCGACGGAAAUAAUUGGAGCCCCGGAUCUGUACAUCGAGAGCGGCUCGACGAUAAAUUUAACGUGCGUCGUGAAGGACUCCCCGGAGCCACCGGCCUACAUUUUCUGGAACCAUAAUAACGUCAUCAUCAGCUACGAUUCGCCCCGCGGCGGAGUGUCGGUCAUCACGGAGAAGGGUGACACGACCACGUCCUUUCUGCUCAUCCAAAGCGCCCGGCCGUCGGACUCUGGACAGUACACCUGCAAUCCGUCCAAUGCCAAAAGCAAAAGUGUCACCGUGCAUGUGCUGAAUGGCGUUUCCCAUUCUGUUUCCAGGGGAGUUCCCAGCAGCAAUGCAGCGCGCGGGCCAACCGCAUCAUCGCACGCCCCAGCAUCACCAGCUGUCAGUUUUGCUGUCUGUGUUUAUCUCAUCGCUGCUGUGCUGCAGACUGCUGGCGGCCUGUGCCGGACUGGGCAUGCCUGUGCCGACGUAGCCAUUUUUCUAGACGCCUACGCCACCACGCUAGUUCUUAGACCCCUUUUGUUGUUUACGCACACAAUCUAUCGCAAAUUGAUCAAUCAAAUUAGAAGAAGCCGCAAGACGACCGAUCGACGAAGGCUAGAUGUAACAGCACCACCACCACAAUCACAAUCACACACACAAUCAAGCACACUCCCAACAACGCUCGCGGGCCUCGUGGCGAGGUUUACACAACCAUUGCAGCCAUUGCUACUACUACUAUUGCGAGCCACUUCUUCCCUGCCCACACGGUGGCAGCAACAUCACCAACUUCAUCACCAUCACCACCACGAAGAAGACGACAACGAUCGGCCCCGACGACCCGGUCCCAUUUUGCCCCGGCGGCCACCCCUUGAGCCCUCAGCGCUGAGGAGGCCCCACCACAGAAUGUCACAGAUGUUACAACUCAACCAACUUUACGAUCACACUUUUGGGUUUGUGUUGAAUCACUACUUGUGGAAUCAGCGAUUCGCAGUUAGAUGAAACAAUUUUAACGCCGUAGUAGGUUAAUCAAUCAUAUGAUGGUUAUUGUAAAUUUAAUACUUAACUUAAAAGAAGAAAAAAAAAGAAACGCAAAGUAAAGAAGUUUAAAGAAAGUAAAUAAAUGAACAGAAAAAGUCUAGUCUAAGGUGAUCUGUUAUUAUGAAUAAGCUUUAGGUAUCUAUUACUAGAAUCAUUGAAUAAGUUAAAAAACAAUUUUCAAAUUCAUUUUCCAAAGGAAAGCAGCUAAAACGGUGUGUGCGCACGAGCGAGCGAAAGAUUUAAUCUAAAUGGAACGCAACUGAAGAAAAAUAGCAAAAGGUAAAGUAAAUAAAACAAAACAAAAAAAAAUACUGAAUUCGUUUUUAAUCCACGUUGAAACGUUAUGGAAAUAAAAGAGUAUUGGUCAUUGAGUGAUAUUUUCAUAUUAAAACUAUGACGAAGCAAAAGAAGAAAAAAAAAUUGCAGACACACAACCCGAGAAAAUAUAAUGAAUUAUGAAAAUACCAUAAAACAAUAUAUGAUAAAUGAAUGUACAAAA